UAAAUAUUUAUGACACUUUUUUUUAUAGCUACUCCGGUUAAUAGAAUUCUUCUCAACUUCUUUCUCUUCUUUUCUCUCUUUCUUUGAUCUCAUCAAAAACCCUAAUUUCCUAUCGCAAAAUCCCAACUUUUCCCCCAAAUUCCCUUUUAUUAUCAAUCCCACUUUUUCCUCCAAAUUUUAACGGUGAUAAUUAAGAAAAAAGCCCUAACUUUUUCUUUAAUUUGUAACUUUUUUCAACGCUUCGAUCAAUUCUCGAUUGCCUUGAGAAUUGAUCGAUUCUCAAAAUCGUAAACUUUAAUUCCUGAGAUGUUCUGUUUCUGCUGAAUAUGAAGCUCAAGCGGAGGAGGUGUUUAGAAGUGCCUGCCAAAAUCAGAUACUUCAUCAAUAGCGUCACGUCUGUGCCGCUCGAGAAUAUAGAGGAACCACUAAAAAAUUUCGUUUGGGAGUUUGAUAAGGGAGAUUUUCAUCAUUGGAUUGAGCUUUUUAACCAUUUUGAUACAUUUUUUGAGAAGCAUAUAAAAUCAAGAAAAGAUUUGCAGGUUGAGGAUAAUUUUUUGGGAUCUGAUCCUCCUUUCCCAAGGGAAGCAAUUCUUCAAAUUCUUCGUGUUAUAAGAAUAGUCUUGGAAAACUGCACAAAUAAGCAUUUCUAUAGCUCUUAUGAGCAGCAUCUCUCAUCCUUGCUUGCAUCUACUGAUGCUGAUGUCGUUGAGGCUUGCUUGCAAACUCUAGCUGCUUUCUUCAACAAAACAAGUGGAAAGUACUCUAUCAGAGAUGCAUCUUUGAAUUCCAAGUUAUUUGCUCUUGCACAAGGUUGGGGGGGAAAGGAAGAGGGUCUAGGAUUGAUUACAUGUGCUUUACAGAAUGGGUGUGAUAGAGUUGCUGAUGAUCUAGGUUGUACUCUCCAUUUUGAGUUCUAUGCAUCAAAUGAGUUCUCUGCCUCUGAAAAGUCAACCCGAGGUUUACAAAUUAUUCAUUUACCUAACAUCAACAUGCAUCCAGAGACUGAUUUGGAACUCUUGAAUAAAUUAGUUGCUGAGUAUAAAGUACCAAAUAAUUUAAGAUUUUCUUUAUUGUCAAGAUUGCGAUUUUCAAGGGCUUUUGGCUCUUUUACAUCUCGGCAGCAGUAUACACGCAUUCGCUUGUAUGCCUUCAUUGUUCUUGUUCAGACAAGCAGUGAUGCUGAUGACCUAGUUUCUUUCUUCAAUAACGAGCCUGAGUUUGUCAACGAGUUAGUUACUUUACUGAGCUAUGAAGAUGCAGUUCCUGAGAAGAUUCAAAUUUUAUGUCUGCUUUCUCUGGUUGCUCUUUGUCAAGAUCGGUCCCGCCAGCCAACUGUAUUGACUACUGUCACAUCUAGUGGACACCGAGGCAUCCUAUCCAGCCUCAUGCGGAAAGCCAUUGAUUCUGUUAUUAGCAAUACCUCAAAUUCGUCUGUUGUGUUUGCUGAGGCUCUCUUAUCUCUUGUUACUGCUUUGGUUUCUUCAUCAUCACGUUGCUCAGCCAUGCAUGAAGCAGAGUUUAUCCCUACUCUUCUACCUUUGCUUAAAGAUACUGAUCCUCAGCAUCUGCAUUUGGUUAGUGCAGCUGUCGAUAUUCUGGAAGCCUUCAUGGCCUUCAUGGAUUAUAGUGAUCAUGCAGCUGCAUUGUUUAGAGACAUGGGUGGUUUAGAUGAUACAAUCUCUCGCUUGAAACUUGAAGUUUCUUACGUGGAAAACAGUCCGAAGGAACAAGUAGAAGAUCCUGAUUGUAGUGGGAGGAGUUCACAAGUAGUUGCAGGUGCUUCAACUGAACUUGACAACAUGCAGCCUUUAUAUUCUGAAGCAUUAGUUUCCUAUCAUCGGCGGCUACUCAUGAAAGCUUUGUUACGUGCUAUAUCUCUUGGAACAUAUGUCCCUGGAAACACUGCACGUGUUUAUGGAUCUGAGGAGAGUUUGUUGCCACAAUGCUUGUGUAUCAUAUUUAGACGAGCAAAAGAUUUUGGUGGGGGAGUAUUUGCACUUGCAGCAACUGUUAUGAGUGAUUUAAUUCACAAGGAUCCUACAUGCUUUCCUGUCUUGGAUGCGGCUGGUCUUCCAUCUGCCUUUCUAGAUGCUAUAAUGGAUGGUGUUCUCUGCUCUGCAGAAGCCAUAACAUGCAUACCUCACUGUUUGGAUGCAUUGUGUCUUAAUAUUAAUGGUCUUCGGGCUGUGGAAGAUCGCAAUGCUUUGAGGUGCUUUGUCCAGAUAUUUACUUCUAGAACCUAUUUGCGUUCUCUCACUGGAGAUACUCCUGGCUCCUUGUCAAGUGGCUUGGAUGAACUUAUGCGCCAUGCUUCUUCAUUGCGUGCUCCUGGAGUGGAUAUGGUGAUUGAGAUCUUGAAUGUCAUACUGAAAAUUGGAUCUGGGGUUGACAGUUCUUGUCUUGCUGCUGAAUCUUCUGCCCCUGUUCCCAUGGAAACUGAUGCUGAAGAGAGGAAUUUGAUUCAGCGAGAUGACAGGGAAUCUUCAAGGAUCGAGAGUUCAGAGCAGCUGUCUUCUGAUACUUCUUUGAUGAACAUUGAAUUGUUUCUUCCUGAUUGUAUAAGCAAUGUAGGCCGUCUUCUUGAAAACAUUCUUCAGAAUGCUGAGACAUGCCGUUUUUUUGUUGAAAAGAAGGGGAUUGAUGCUGUCCUACAGUUGUUUACCUUGCCUUUAAUGCCUGUUUCAGCAUCAGCUGGAGAGAGCAUUUCUGUUGCCUUCAAGAACUUUUCGCUUCAGCAUUCUGCAUCUUUGGCUCAGGCAGUUUGUUCAUUCCUGAGGGAACAUCUUAAGUCAACAAAUGAACUGUUAGCUUCUAUUGGAGGAACUCAGCUAGCUGCUGUUGAACCUGGAAAUCAAACUAAGAUUUUGAAAUUUCUUUCUAGUCUUGAAGGUAUAUUGUGUCUUUCCAAUUUUCUUUUGAAGGGAACAACAAGUGUUGUCUCUGAAUUGAGCUCUGCAGAUGCCGAUGUAUUGAAAGAUCUUGGGAGGACAUACAGGGAAAUAAUAUGGCAAAUUUCUUUAUCUAAUGAUUCCGUGGCUGAUGAGAAGCGGAAUGCUGAUCAAGAAAGUGAGAGUACAGAUACAGCUCCGUCAAAUGCUGCUGCUGGAAGAGAAAGUGAUGAUGAUGCCAGUAUCCCAGCUGUGAGGUAUAUGAACCCAGUUUCUAUUAGGAGUGGUUCUCAGUCUUUGGGGAGUGCUGAACGAGAGUAUCUUUCACUUCUUCGGUCACCAGAAUAUUUGCACCGUCGUAGUCGACAUGGUUUGUCCCAUUUAAGGGGUGGAAGGAAUGGCCGACACCUGCAUGCUUUACAUAUUGAUUCUGAAGUUUCUCCCAAUUUACCAGAGAUGUCAUCUCUCCAGGAUUUGAAAGUCAAAAGUCCUCAUCUUCUUGUGAUAGAAAUUCUUAACAAGCUUGCUUCCACAUUACGGUCUUUUUUCACAGCUCUUGUGAAGGGGUUUACCUCACCAAACCGUCGUAGAGCAGAUUUAGGAUCAUUAAGUUUGGCUUCAAAGACCCUUGGUAUGGCCCUGGCUAAAAUAUUUCUUGAGGCACUGAGUUUUUCUGGCUAUUCUUCUUCGGGGCUUGAUACAUCACUUUCAGUCAAGUGCCGGUACCUUGGAAAAGUUGUGGAUGACAUGGGAGCACUGACAUUUGACAGCAGGCGGCGUACAUGUUAUACAGCAAUGGUUAAUAAUUUCUACGUCCAUGGAACCUUUAAGGAGCUACUUACCACCUUUGAAGCUACUAGUCAGUUAUUGUGGACACUACCAUACUCUAUCCCUACACCUGGUAUUGAACAUGAGAAGGCAGGUGAAACAAAUAAAUUUUCACACAGUACAUGGCUGCUUGAUACAUUGCAAUGCUACUGCCGCAUUCUUGAGUAUUUUGUUAAUUCUACGAUACUUCUGUUUGGGAAUUCUGCAUCCCAUACUCAGCUGCUUGUUCAGCCAGUUGCUGCUGGUUUGUCAAUUGGGCUUUUCCCUGUUCCUAGGGAUCCAGAAACCUUUUUGCGUAUGUUGCAAUGUCAGGUGCUGGAUGUGAUUCUACCUAUCUGGAACCAUCCUUUGUUUCCUAAUUGUAGUCCAGGUUUUGUGGCUUCAGUUGUUUCGAUUGUCAUGCAUGUAUACUCGGGUGUUGGAGAUGUGAAACGAAACCGCAGUAGCAUUACAGGAAGUACAAACCAACGUUUCAUGCCACCACCACCACCAGAUGAAGGUACCAUUGCCACCAUUGUUGAGAUGGGUUUUUCAAGGGCUAGGGCAGAGGAAGCACUGAGGCGAGUUGAAACAAAUAGUGUUGAGAUGGCCAUGGAGUGGCUGAUUAAUCAUACUGAAGAUCCUGUGCAAGAGGAUGAUGAACUGGCUCGGGCGCUUGCUUUAUCACUUGGAAAUUCAUCAGAGACAUCCAAAGUUGACAGUGUUGACAAGCCAAUGGAUGUCAUGACAGAAGAAGGGCAGCCUUCAGAACCUCCAAUUCAUGAUAUCCUUAGUGCAUCUGUGAAGUUGUUCCAGAGUAGUGAUAGCAUGGCAUUUUCAUUGACAGACUUGCUUGUAACAUUGUGCAAUCGUAACAAAGGAAAAGAGCGCCCAAGAGUGUUAUCCUUUCUUAUUCAGCAACUGAAGCUGUGUCCGCUGGAUUUUUCAAAGGAUUCUAGUGCAUUGUGUAUGAUUUCUCAUAUUUUAGCACUGCUUCUUUCUGAGGAUGGCAAUACUCGUAAAAUUGCUGCCCAGAAGGGUAUAGUACCUGCUACUAUUGAUAUCCUGAGCGACUUCAAGGCUAAAAAUGAGUUGGGGAAUGAAAUUAUGGCACCAAAAUGCAUCAGUGCUUUACUGUUGGUCUUGGAUAACAUGUUGCAGUCUCAUCCAAUAAUAUUUUCUGAGAUGGUGGAGGGUCAGCAUGUGAAGGAAUCUAUAACUCCAUUUGAGAAAAUAUUGGGUAGAUCUAUUGGCUACUUGAGUAUAGAAGAGAGUCAUAAGUUGCUGCUUGUUGCUUGUGACCUAAUCCAGCAGCAUGUUCCAGCAAUGGUCAUGCAGGCUGUUCUGCAGUUAUGUGCUCGUUUAACAAAAACACAUGCUCUAGCUUUGCAAUUUCUUGAGAAUGGAGGCUUGGUUGCUCUUUUUCGUCUUCCAAGAGCUUGUUUUUUCCCCGGUUAUGAUACUGUUGCAUCUGCCAUUAUCAGACAUCUCCUUGAAGAUCCUCAGACUUUGCAAACUGCUAUGGAAUUGGAGAUUAGACAGAAUUUGAGUGGAAGCAGGCAUGCUGGACGUGUUUCGCCUCGAACAUUUUUAACAUCAAUGGCACCUGUUAUCUGUAGAGAUCCUGUAGUUUUUAUGAAAGCUUCAGCUGCAGUUUGUCAGUUGGAGUUGUCAGGUGGAAGACCCUUUGUAGUUCUAUUGAAGGAAAAAGAGAGAGAGAAGGACAAAUUGAAAGCUUCUGGUGCUGAACUUGGAUUAUCUUCAAAUGAAUCUGUGCGAAUUACCGAGAAUAAGGUAAAUGAUGGAACAGGUAGAUGUUCCAAAGGCCACAAAAGGGUUCCAGCCAAUCUUGCUCAAGUGAUUGAUCAGCUUCUUGAAAUAGUUUUGAAAUGUUCUUCUGCCAAAGGCCAGGACGUUAGUGCGAGUGACUUAACUUCAAUGGAGAUUGAUGAACCUGCAAGCAAGGUGAAGGGUAAAUCGAAGGUUGAAGAAAGAAGCAAAAUGGAGUCUGAAACUGAAAGAUUUGCAGGGCUUGCUAAGGUGAUUUUUGUCCUUAAGUUAUUGAGUGAUAUUCUUUUAAUGUAUGUACAUGCUGUAGGGGUCAUAUUGAAAAGGGAUUCAGAAAUGGGUCAACUUCGUGUGUCUAAUGAAGCAGAUGCAUCUGGAACCCCUGGCAUUCUUCCUCAUAUUUUACAUAGGUUGCUUCCACUAUCUGUUGAUAAAUCUGCAGGACCUGAUGAAUUGAGGGACAAGUUGUCUGAAAAAGCUUCAUGGUUUCUGGUGGUUCUAUGUGGUCGUUCCAGUGAAGGCCGUAAAAGGGUGAUUAAUGAACUUGUGAAAGCAUUAUCUUCUUUCUCAAAUUUGGAAAGAAAUUCAAUGAAGGGCUCCCUGGUGCCUGAUAAAAGGGUUUUUGCUUUUGCUGAUUUGGCCUAUUCAAUUUUGUCAAAGAACUCAUCCUCAAGCAACUUACCUGGUACAGGCUGCUCGCCUGAUAUAGCAAAAAGCAUGAUUGAGGGAGGAGUGGUUCAGUGUCUAACCAACAUUCUUGAAGUGAUUGAUUUGGAUCAUCCUGAUGCACCCAAAACUGUAAAUCUGAUACUCAAGGCUUUGGAAAGCCUGACUAGGGCUGCUAAUGCAAAUGAGCAGGUUUUCAAGUCUGAAAGGUCCAACAAGAAGAAGUCAUUGUCUUCAAAUGGAAGACAUGCUGAUCAGAUAACUGUAUCUACUGCUGAGGCCAUAGAGCACAAUCAGAAUGGGGGUGGUCAACAAGUAGUUGUAGAUUUGGAGGAUACUGCUCAACAGCAACAUCAAGGAACUUCACAAAUUGAAGGCGAUCACAAUGCAAAUCCAAAUGAUUCUAUUGAACAAGAUAUGAGAGUUGAAGUGGAGGAGACAGCAGCUAGCAACAGACCCACAGAACUUGGGAUGGAUUUCAUGCGUGAAGAAAUGGAUGAAGGUGUAUUACACAAUACUGACCAAAUUGAGAUGACAUUCCAAGUGGAGAAUAGGGUGGAUGAUGAUAUGGGCGAUGAGGAUGAUGACAUGGCAGAUGAUGGGGAGGAUGAUGAGGAUGAUGACGAGGGGGAGGAUGAGGAUGAGGAUAUAGCAGAAGAUGGUGCUGGGAUGAUGUCUCUAGCUGAUACUGAUGUGGAGGACCAUGAUGAUACUGGUUUGGGAGAUGACUAUAAUGAUGACAUGAUGGAUGAAGAAGAUGAUGACUUUCAUGAGGUAAGGUGGAGGAGGGAAGUCCUUGAUGAGCCUUUUCAAGGUGUGAAUGUCGAUGAUCUCUUUGGUCUUCGUAGGCCUGUAGGUUUUGAACACAGGCGAUCUAAUGGUAGGUCUUCCUUUGAGCCUUCUGUUACGGAAGUAAAUAGCUUUCAACAUCCUCUUCUGUUAAGACCACAGCAGUCAGGGGACUUGAGCUCAAUGUGGUCAUCAGGUGUAAAUUCAUCCAGGGAUUUGGAAGCUCUCUCAUCUGGGAGUUUUGAUGUUACUCAUUUCUACAUGUUUGAUGCUCCUGUUCUGGCAUAUGAUCAUGCACCAAGUAGUCUGUUUGGUGAUCGAUUGGGUAGUGCAGCACCGCCGCCUUUAGCUGAUUAUUCUGUAGGCAUGGACUCAUUGCAUUUGCUAGGGAGAAGGGGGCCUGGUGAUGGGCGGUGGACUGAUGACGGCCAGCCACAAGCAAGCGCUCAAGCUGCAGCAAUUGCACAGGCAGUAGAGGAACUGUUUUUAUCUCAUUUACACAGUACUGCUCCAGCCAACAAUUUGGCGGAAAGGCAAUCGCAAAAUUCUGGAAUCCAGGAGACACAACCAUCAGAUGCUCUUCCAUCAAAUGAUGGCAAACCUGCGGUAGAGGGAGACAAUGCCAGCAGUCAGCAGAGUGAAGAUCAGCAGCAAGAAAAUGGCAAUGAAAUUUCACAUGAACUUAAUCCUACAAUUGAAAGUGUUUCGUGCUAUGAGCAGCUCAAUCCUCUGCCAAUCAUUGGUGAUGCGGCUGAAUCUGUUCAGGGGCAUGAAGGGAUAUUAACUCAGCCACUGUCUUUGAACGGUGCACCAAAUGAGUAUGAUAGCAUGGAAAUUGGGCAAGGGAAUGUCACUGCUGCUGAUCAAGUAGAGCAAAUUUCUGAUAUGGUUAACUUGCCUGAGGGGGAUUCUGGUGUGCCUGGAAGCCUCUCGAUUCUGGCAUUGGGUGCUGACGGAUUGCCUGGAGCAGACGGUCAGGCAGGUAAUAAUGUUUUGGCUGAUUCUGGUUUGGAGAUGCUUAACCCUGGUGAUUCUAAUGUGUCAUUAUUUCUUGAAAGUGUUGAUGUUGACAUGAAUACAACUAAUGCCGAAGGGAACCAAAAUGGACAAUCCAUUCCUUCUUCUGAAAUUGGUGCAGAGGAGCCAGCUUCUCGGCAAAACAACCUAGAUGCUCAGGAUGCUAGUCAGGCUGACCAAACUAGUGUCAAUAAUGAGGCUUCUGGAGCUAAUGCCAUUGAUCCUACCUUUUUGGAGGCGCUACCUGCAGAUCUACGGGCAGAAGUUUUGGCUUCCCAACAAGCUCAACCUGUUCAACCUCCAACUUAUGUGCCACCUUCAGCAGAUGAUAUUGAUCCUGAGUUCUUAGCUGCUCUUCCACCAGACAUUCAAGCAGAAGUGUUAGCACAGCAAAGAGCACAGAGAGUUGCACAGCAAGCUGAGGGUCAACCUGUGGACAUGGAUAACGCUUCGAUCAUUGCCACUUUCCCUGCUGAUUUGCGUGAAGAGGUGCUUUUGACUUCUUCAGAAGCAGUUUUGUCAGCAUUACCUUCUCCAUUACUUGCUGAAGCUCAAAUGCUUAGGGACAGAGCAAUGAGUCAUUACCAGGCACGUAGUCUUUUUGGAGGUAGCCACAGGCUAAAUAAUCGGAGGAAUGGUUUGGGUUUGGAUAGGCAAACAGUGAUGGACAGGGGUGUUGGAGUUACACCAGGUCGAAGGUCGGGCUCUACCAUUUCUGAUAGCUUAAAAGUUAAGGAAAUUGAAGGGGAGCCUCUUCUGAAUGCAAAUUCUUUGAAAGCUUUGAUUCGCCUUCUACGGCUAGCACAGCCCCUUGGGAAAGGUCUUCUGCAGAGGCUUCUGUUAAAUCUUUGUGCACAUAGUGUUACGAGGGCCACUUUGGUAAAGCUCUUGCUUGAUAUGAUUCAAUCUGAAACUGAAGGCUCAAGCAAUGGUUUGUCAACAAUUAAUUCCCAAAGGCUUUAUGGUUGCCAGUCAAAUGUUGUUUAUGGUCGAUCACAGUUGUUUGACGGUCUUCCACCUCUUGUACUACGCCGUGUUCUUGAGAUGUUGACUUAUUUGGCUACAAAUCAUUCCACUGUUGCAAAUAUGUUGUUCCACUAUGAUCCUUCAAUUCUUUCUGAGCCUUUGAUUCCAGAAAACUCAGAAACCAAGAAAGAUAAAGGCAAGGAGAAAAUUAUGGAUGGAGUUUUAUCAAAACCCUUGGGUAACUCUCAGGAAGUGGAUGUUCCUUUAAUAUUAUUUCUUAAGCUCUUGAAUCUGCCGCUGGUUUUGCGCAGCACUGCCCAUCUCGAGCAGGUUGUUGGCUUGCUUGAAGUAGUUGCCUAUAUAGCAGCAUCAAAAUUAGUGAGCCAGUCACUCUCUGAUUUGGCAGUUGACAAUUCAAAUUCCCAGAACCUGCUCACCAAUGAAGCUUCUGGUGAUGCUCAUAAGGAUCCUCCUUUGUCAGAACUGGAGUCCAAUCAAGAGGAUAGAUGUACCAAUGCUGAAUCCUCUGCAUCCAAUAGCCAUAGAAAUGUGGAUUUGUAUAAUAUUUUCUUGCAGCUGCCAGAGUCUGAUUUACACAAUUUGUGCAGUCUUCUUGGUCGUGAGGGGCUGUCAGAUAAAGUUUAUAUGUCAGCUGGUGAGGUGCUGAAGAAGUUGGCCUCAGUUGCUAUGACCCAUCGCAAGUUCUUUACAUCAGAGCUUUCAGAAUUAGCUCACGGAUUGAGUAGUUUGGCUGUCAAUGAGCUUGUAACUCUGAGGAAUACACAGAUGCUGGGUCUGAGUGCAGGUUCCAUGGCUGGAUCUGCUAUUCUACGUGUGCUACAAGUGCUUAGUUCACUCACUUCAACUGUUGGUGAUGAUACACUACAGGAUGGUGAUGGUGAACAGGAAGAGCAAGCGACCAUUUUGAAACUAAAUGCAUCAUUAGAGCCAUUGUGGGAAGAAUUGAGUAAUUGUAUUGGCAUGACUGAAGCACAGCUGGCUCAGAGCUCUCUUUGUUCAGCUUUGUCUAAUGUAAAUGUUGGGGACAAUGUACAGGGAACAUCCUCAUCGUUACCACUUCCACCUGGGACUCAGAGACUCCUUCCUUUCAUUGAGGCUUUCUUUGUUUUGUGUGAAAAGCUACAUGCAAAUCAUUCUAUCAUACAGCAAGAUCAUGUAAAUGUAACUGCACAAGAAGUAAAGGAGUCUGCUGAGUGUUCUGCUUUGAUAUCCACUAAGUGCAGUGGAGAUUCUCAGAAGAAGCUUGAUGGUUCUGUCACAUUUGCAAGGUUUGCUGAGAAGCAUCGCAGACUUCUGAAUGCUUUUGUUAGGCAGAAUCCUGGCUUGUUAGAAAAAUCACUUUCGAUGUUGCUGAAAGUUCCAAGAUUGAUUGACUUUGAUAACAAGAGAGCAUAUUUCCGUUCAAGAAUAAGGCAACAGCACGAACAGCACCUCACUGGUCCACUGCGGAUAAGUGUGCGGCGGGCAUAUGUUUUGGAAGACUCUUACAAUCAGUUACGAAUGCGACCUACUCAGGAUCUCAAGGGUCGUUUGAACGUGCAAUUUCAAGGUGAAGAGGGUAUUGAUGCUGGUGGUCUAACAAGAGAAUGGUAUCAGUUACUGUCAAGGGUUAUUUUUGACAAAGGAGCAUUGCUUUUUACUACUGUGGGGAACAAUGCAACUUUCCAGCCAAAUCCCAAUUCUGUUUACCAGACUGAGCAUCUUUCUUACUUCAAAUUUGUCGGCCGUGUGGUAGCAAAAGCACUUUUUGAUGGUCAACUUUUGGAUGUUUAUUUUACUCGAUCCUUUUACAAGCACAUACUUGGUGUUAAGGUGACCUACCAUGAUAUUGAGGCAGUUGACCCUGAUUAUUACAAGAAUCUGAAGUGGAUGCUGGAGAAUGAUGUGAGUGACAUACCUGACCUAACUUUUAGCAUGGAUGCUGAUGAAGAAAAGCACAUACUUUAUGAAAAAACUGAGGUUACUGAUUAUGAGCUUAAACCUGGAGGAAGAAACAUCAGAGUUACUGAAGAAACAAAACAUGAGUAUGUAGACCUUGUUGCUGAUCAUAUCUUGACAAAUGCUAUUCGUCCUCAAAUCAAUUCCUUCCUCGAGGGAUUUAACGAAUUGGUCCCACGGGAACUUAUUUCAAUUUUUAAUGAUAAAGAGCUUGAGUUACUAAUCAGUGGACUCCCUGAAAUUGAUUUGGAUGAUCUUAAGGCCAAUACCGAGUAUACCGGCUAUACAGCUGCAUCUCAUUUUAUUCAAUGGUUUUGGGAAGUUGUUAAAGCUUUUAACAAAGAGGACAUGGCAAGACUGCUGCAGUUUGUCACUGGAACAUCAAAGGUGCCAUUGGAGGGUUUUAAGGCAUUGCAGGGCAUCUCUGGUCCACAAAGGUUUCAGAUUCACAAGGCAUAUGGAGCUCCUGAGCGGCUGCCUUCUGCACAUACAUGCUUUAAUCAGCUAGAUCUUCCCGAGUAUUCCUCCAAGGAACAGCUUCAGCAACGUUUGCUGCUUGCUAUCCACGAAGCUAGUGAGGGUUUUGGCUUUGGUUGAACAAAGUUUGCAUUACAAUGUCAUUGUCCCAGCAACACCUGCAAUCCAUCUACAGAUCUACAGUUUAUAUAAGCUGAUGGAUUUGGCCAAUGCAAGGAAAAGGUACUAAUCUUAAAAAGUGUCAGAAAUUGGAUUUCAGAUGCCCCAAAAGAAUGCAUAGAAUUGGAGAGUGAUGGUGCUUAUGCCUUUAGUUUUGAUUACUGGCGGGCUUCUCAACAGCAACAAUGCAGAGGAAAAUGAUAUUCUUUUUAUCAAGUGAUUGAGGGAGCACUCCAAAGAUGGUUCUAUUGUUUAUAUAAGUUUUGUUUUUCUUUCUAAUUCCUGGAAAAUGCUCACAUGGCUAAUUUUCUUUUUGGAUUAGCCUAUGCCCUCAUACUUUAUUGCUUAGUUCAUACAAUAAGUUAGUGAUUGUUUAUAUUAAAUCAUCCCACAUUGUCUUUUCUGUGUCCUUAAAUUUCAAGGGCUUUUUUUUUUUUUUUUUUUUUUUUUUUUUUAAUUUUAUGCUCUUAGAAAUCAAGCUAGAAAGCUCCAUAUCUUUUACUCAAUUGCCAGGAAGUCAUAUAUAACAAUGAGCAUAGUUCUUUUCCUUGUA